AUGUAUAGGGAGGCAUCAUGGGGAGAAGGUAACCAAAGCUACCAAGGAGAAUUCAUCUUAUUGGGAGUGGCUGAUCGACCACACUUGGAAACACUGCUCUUUACACUCAUUUUGGUCUGCUAUCUGAUGACCCUGCUGGGCAAUACAACUAUCAUUCUUGUGUCCAAACUGGACCUCCGUCUCCACACUCCCAUGUACUUCUUCCUCAGCAAUCUUUCUUUCCUUGACCUUUGUUUCACCACCAGUCUUGGCCCCUACAUGUUGGUGAACUUCUGGAGGAAGAGCAAGACCAUCACCUACGGUGCUUGUGUGGCCCAGCUGUACAUUUCUCUUGCACUUGGUUCUACAGAAUGUAUUCUGUUGACUAUUAUGGCCUAUGAUCGUUAUGCGGCUGUCUGCCACCCACUACGCUACACUGUCAUUAUGAGCCAUUCCAUAUGUUUCAGUAUGGCUGCAAUCUCCUGGCUUAGUGGCUUUACUAACUCACUUGUGCAGACAAUUAUGACAGUUAGGCUUCCACUAUGUGGCCAGAACAGGGUAGACCAUUUUUUCUGUGAGGUUCCAGCCUUUCUCAAACUAGCUUGUGUUGACACGUCACUCAAUGAGGCCAUACUCUUUUCUUCUAGCGUUGUGUUCCUUCUAGCACCACUAAGCCUCAUCACAGUCUCAUACGGUUAUAUUGCAGCUGCCGUGCUGAAGACCCAAUCAGUUGAAGGCAGGAGGAAAGCCUUCAAUACCUGUGCUUCCCAUUUGACUGUGGUGUCACUCUUUUAUGGGACAGCCAUUUUCAGCUACCUCCAGCCCCCAUCCAACUAUUCCAGUUACCGAGGCAAAAUAAUUUCCCUUUUCUAUACAUUCGUCACCACCAUGCUGAAUCCACUCAUCUAUACUCUCAGGAACAAAGAGGUGCACAGAGCUCUGCGGACAGCAAUGAAAAGGAAAUGUUACACACAC